GGUCGUGGGCGGUGCUUUGCUUGACACGUGACCGCUGGUUCCCGUCAUGUUUUGAGGGACAGAAGGAAACAUGGAGGUUGUUUGAAAGCAGAGUUGUGUUUCUGCGGUCGGUUCGAUGUCCUUGGGCUGCCUCGCAUCUCACAGCCACAGAUCUGAGGGCCCUUUAGGGCAAUGAUGUGACUGUGAGGGCCAAUGACAAGGUCCAUUAAUCAGUUGUGAGGUGAAGUGUAGCUCAGAUCUGACUGAGAGCUGUUUGGGCCCCAUGUGAGGGUCAGUGGGAUAUUAUUGCUCAUUGGAGCCUUUGAUUUGAGGCGUGAAUAGGAUAAAACAUUGAAUUACUGUGGAUCUCGUGUGAUAGGGCCUGAGGCCUAGUAGAAAUCCUGCUUUGGAUCAUAGAGUUACUGCCUGAGUUCCAAGCUGAGUUGCCAAAAGGAGGCGUUGUUUUGAGAGCCACAGUUAUUCACAAUGAGCCCAUCUAAAAGACGUAAAGCCCAGGCGGCCGUGGCCCUCCUGAUAGUGAACCACGUGCAAAAGAAGAGACGAAUGAAGAGGAAGAGAGCGUGUUGGACCCAGGAGUGGCUCAAAGUCCGGGAUGUGUGGCCUCAAGAGUCGCUCGCCCCAGAGAUCGCUGAGAACUACUGCGACGACUUCAGGAACUACUUGCAGAUGUCCGACGCCAGUUUCGACUGCCUCCUGCGCGCCGUGACCCCUCUCAUCCAGAAGAAGGACACCUGCAUGAGGAAAUCCAUCUCUGCGCACCAGAGGCUGGUGGCCACGCUGAGGUUUCUGGCGACCGGGAGGUCUCUGGAGGAUCUGAAAUUCUCCACCGCAAUCUCGGCACAGGCGCUGGGAGUCCUCAUUCCCGAAACCUGUUGCGCUAUUAUGCAGGUGCUGAGAGAAGAAUACCUGCAGCUUCCAAAAACACCCGAAGAGUGGCAGCAAGUUGCCCAAGAAUUUGAGGACUACUGGAACUUCCCAAACUGCGGAGGUGCAAUAGGGGGGAAGCAUGUGCACAUCAACCCUCCUGCUCACAGUGGUUCAUUCUACCUCAAUUACAAUGGAUUCUUUAGUGUUGUCCUACUGGCGAUAGUCAAUGCCAAAUAUGAGUUCAUGAUGAUUGAAGUCGGCAAAAACGGGAGGCUCUCUGACAGCGGUGUCAUUGAGCAAACCCGCUUUUACCGUGCCCUGAAGGAAAGCAAGUUAAACUUGCCGUCGGCAACAGAGACAACAAAAGGACUAAAUUUUGUCUUUGUGGGCGAUGAGACCUUCACAUUACAUGAGAACUUACUGAAACCGUUUCCUCCAACGGUUUUAACCAAAGAGAGGACCAUUUUUAACUAUAGACAUUCGAGAGCGAGGCAUGUGGUGGAAAAUGCCUUUGGCAUACUGGCAAGCCGGUUUCGUAUCUUCCAUAUGCCCAUCAAUCUCUCGCCGGAGAAAAUUGGCAUCGUAGUAAUGGCGUGUUGUGUGCUCCAUAAUUUCCUCCGACGCAACGACACAGAGGGCUACGCCCCUCUUAAUAUGCUGGACCGCGAGAACAUCGAUAACGGAACAUUUAUACCCGGUGACUGGAGGUCUGAACGUCCAAGGCUCGUCCCACUGCAAAGUGUUGAGUCACAAAUACCUGAAUCCGAGGCAGAGUUAAACAGGUUCAAGUACAUGGAAUAUUUCAAUGGCUCCGGGGCUGUGGAGUGGCAAGAUUUUAUAUUGUGAAAUCAUGUUCGCCCAUCGGUGCAGCGCCACACACAGCUGUCAGAUUUCUUCAGGUCUCCUGGGUAGUGAGGAAUGAAUUUAUUCAUGGCGAAUGGAAUAUAUUCAUGGCAUGGAUUCAUGGCGAAUUUCCGCAUUUCGCCGCCUGCAAAUUUUGUAGCGAAACUGCUGCAAAAAUUCACAGAUGAAAAAAUUUGCUGCACGUGUUAAAAUUGGCGCGCGUUAAAAUAGUUUUGACGCCCAUUGACUUUAAUGCAUUCGGACAAUAGAGUCGCGGUGUGAAAAUUGCUGCGCCUCAACAUUAUUUUGACACCCAUUGACUUUAAUGGAUUUGGACAAAAAAGCUGUGCGUGUAAAAUUUGUCGUGCACGUAAAAAUAAAAAUAAAUUUGAUGCUCGUUGACUUCAAUGCAUUUUGCAGAUUUUUUGUGAACUUUUCCGGAGUUUUGUGAAUUUUUUGUCCGAUUAGCCAUCACUACUCCUGGGGUACAUACAACAGUAACAAAAGAGACAAAAAAAAGCCGGUCAAGCUGCCUAACUUCUAGCUCAUCUUCUGCAUGCUGAUUGGUUAUUAAACCUUGACCAGAUGUUGUGCCUGUUGAUACAAAACUCUCAUUGUGUCCAUACGUUAUUUGUAUCACACCAGUGGCUCAUGUUUAGUCUCUGAUGCCAACUUUUCCUUUAGGGGCACAUUUAUCCGAGGUUGAGAUGUGUGUUUAACGAGUUUUAUGCCAGCUAAUUAAUCAGCGUUUUACGACUCGAGUUUUCAUGGUCCCGACUGAUCAGAAGUUUCAUAGUUCCACCCUAGACCUCCCGAGAUAACACUGUAACCAGUUAUGAAUUGGACGUUCGAUUUUAUCUUAAUUUUUCUUGGCUCUCGAACACUGAAAUAAUCAAGUAUAUCUGACGUCACCUGACUCUUCAGAUGACAGUUACAUGGAAUAUUGGAGAACAUGACUGCAAGUGUUCAGGUAUAAUGGCUUCCGUCGAACUCGAUUGAGAUUAACCCAUUCGAGAUGUUUGUUAGAUACAGAAUUGAGCUCAUUCGAACUGCGUUUAUCGUUGGUGGAAGGGUAUAUGCUUUUUCUUAAAAGCUAUAGAUAUCACUUCCCCUAUGACGAGGAACGCCCCAUAUAUCUCAAUUAAAUCUUUUAGAGAGCCGUCUGGUUAGCUUGCCCUUUCUCUUCUUACUACAGGGCCUUUUUUGUGCAUGUUUGUGGCAUUUCCAUUCUUUAUAAGAAGUAUUCAGUACAAAUUGUUUAUUGCUCACGUUGUAGCAAUAAAGAUUCCUGCAUACA